CUCUCUCUCUGCAUAAACACUCAACAAGUUUCCCGUACCCUUUGCUUCCAUCAUCAUCAUCCCCACACACCCUCCCCACCGCCCGCCUUCUAUGUGAACGUAUGGUCAAUAAGUACAAAGCAAAGAACAGAAGCAAACGAAAAACCCUAGAUUUCUUCGGGUCUUCGAACCUCUCGAAGAUCGCUUAGCACCACACACUCUUUAGGUACAAAAUAUAUAACGUAAUCUGCAUUGAUAAAUGGAGACUCGAGGCCAAAAACGGGCCGAAAAGCUUGAUGAGUUGCCUGCUGACAAGCGAGCAUGUAGUUCAUUGGAGCUAAGACCAAGUUCAUCCAACUCACCUGUUCAAACUCCAAUUAACCCCCCAAAUUCAACUCUUGAAGCCCACGAUGGCGACAUGGACACAUCGUCAUCGGCUUCAAUAUCGACCCGAUCGGAAGGGGAAGGUGAAAAGGACUCUGCAUAUGAGUCAUCUGAUUCAGAUGGAGAACAUAGGCACAACAGCCUUCGUGAUUAUCAGAGAAUGCGAUCGGACGAUCACGGGAAGUUUAAGAGGGUCUUGUCAAGUUUAGGCCAAGAGGGUGAUGAUUCUGUGGCGUUGGCUGCUCUUACUGAGCUAUGUGAAUUGCUGUCCUUUUGCCCUGACAGCUCUGUAUCGGGCUUGAUGGCAGACACAUUAUCUCCAAUUCUUGUAAAGUUGGCAAGGCACGAGAGCAAUCCCAAUAUAAUGCUUUUAGCUAUCAGAGCUAUAACUUAUUUAUGUGAUGUGCAUUCUCGAUCAUCUGGUUUUCUUGUACGGCAUGAUGCAAUUCCUGCUCUAUGUCAAAGAUUAACGGCCAUUGACUACGGUGAUGUAGCCGAACAAUGCUUGCAAGCCUUAGAGAAAAUCUCAUUAGAGCAACCACUUGCAUGCUUACAAUCUGGAGCAAUUAUGUCUGUUUUAACUCACAUUGAAUUUCUCACAACAAGUGUGCAGAGGGUUGCACUUUCAACUGUGGUCAACAUAUGUAAGAAACUUCCAUCUGAAUGUCCUUCACCUUUCAUGGAGGCAGUUCCAAUAUUGUGUACUCUACUUCAGUACGAGGAUCGUCAGCUUGUUGAAAAUGCAGCCACUUGCUUGAUAAAAAUAGCAGAACGAGUAUGCCACUCUUCUGAUAUGCUGGACGAACUUUGUAAACAUGGGCUGAUUCAUCAAGCUAUGCAUCUUGUCGACGUGAAUUGUCGAACCACUUUAUGCCAACCCGUUUACAGUGGUUUGCUUGGGCUGCUUGUCAAACUUGCUUCUGGCUCACUUGUUGCUUACAGGACUCUUUUCGAGCUUAAUAUCAGCAGUAUAUUGAAGGACAUCUUGUCUGCUUAUAGUCUUUCACAUGGAGUGCCUUCUCCUAGUAUGGUUGAUGGACAUUCCUACCAGGUGCAUGAAGUUUUGAAACUACUUAAUGAGCUUCUCCCUGCUAUAGCUAGAGAUCUCAAUGUUUCAAUAAACUCGGACAAGGAAGAUUUUCUGGUAAAUGAACCCAAUUUUCUGCAAAAGUUUGGGAUGGAUUUGGUUCCCAUAUUGAUCGAGGUGGUUAAUUCCGGUGCAAAUAUAUAUGUUUGUUAUGGCAGUCUAUCAGUUAUCAAUAAAUUUGUUUACUUCAGCAAAUCUGAGAUGCUUCUUGAAUUGCUCAAGGACACCAACAUUUCAAGUUUCUUAGCUGGGGUAUUCACUCGGAAGGAUCAACAUGUCCUGAUGUUAGCCCUGCAGAUUGCUGAUGCCAUCCUGCAAAAGCUUUCCGAUAGUUUUUUGAAUUCUUUCAUAAAGGAAGGCGUCUUUUUUGCCAUUGAUGCACUUCUAACACCAGAUAAGUGUUCACAGUUGAUGUUUCCAACGCUCAGCGGCAUCCAGUUAUCAAACGAUCCAAGUAAAAAAUCUGCUGCAAGGGAUGUCCCCAGAUGCUUGUGUUAUGCAUUUGGAACUGGUCAGCCUCUUAUCGCUUCAGAGACUAGGACGUGCAAUCUUGAAAAAGAUUAUGUUUACAAUCUUGCAAAGCAGAUAAAGACGAAUUACUUUGCUUCGGAAUUACUAAACCCUGAGAGAGGAGUUACUGAUGUUCUUCAGAAACUCAGAAUUUUAGCUGCAGCACUAACUGAUCUAGUAAACCUGUCCAUGAUUAAAGAUGGUCCUGUGCGGCAUGAGGAGGAGUUUUAUGCCAUUUUGCAUCAAAUUAUGUGUCAGGUUAAUGGAGGAGAUCCCAUUUCAACUUUUGAAUUUGUUGAAAGUGGAAUUGUGAAAGCACUAGUUUAUUACUUGUGCAAUGCACAAUACUGGAAAGGAAACACUGAACUUACUGUUGGGUUUGAUCACACAAAUAAUGUAGAAAAGAGAUUUGAGGUGUUUGGAAGACUAUUCUUAUCUUCUUUGGAAGCACCUUUACAGGACUUCUAUCUAUCAGUAUUAACCCGAAAACUGCAAACUGCACUGUCUUCUGUGGAGAAUUUCCCGGUUAUUGUGAGCCAAUCAUACAAGCAAAGGAACUCUUAUGCUACUGUUCCAUUUGGGCGUUCCAUGCCAUAUCCUUGUCUUAGAGUGCAGUUCAUGAGGGGAGAAGGGGAAACCUCUCUAUGUGAUUACUCUGAAGAUGUUCUGACUGUUGAUCCUUUUUCUUCUUUGGAUGAUAUUGAAAGCUAUUUGUGGCCUAAAGUUAGCAAAAGCAGCACAGAGCAAGUAAAAUCGGCAGCUACUCCAGCUCUGGGUAGAUUGGAAGGUUUGCCUUCUCGAAUGCCAUCAGAUAUGAGCUCUCCUGAAGGCAAAAGUCAGGACUUUAUGGAAUCUGAGAACGUAUCUUCUGAUAUGCAGGAGAUUCAGGUGGACAAGGCUGACAUACCACAUUCUGCACCAGAAGAAGGGGAUAAUUUAAGACAAACCACCAUUGAUACCACAGGCUCGAGCGAAGCUCCUACGGACCCUGUGCAGGACCAUGAGGAGAUCAGAGUGGAUACUUCGAACGAGGAUACAAUCAUGAGCACAGAUUUUUCUGGAUCCUCGAGCAAUGAAGACGCCUCACUGAAAUUGUUAUUUUACCUAGAAGGGCAACCACUGGACCGAUCAUCGUCACUGUAUCAAGGGAUUCUCCAACAACAGAUUAAAGCUGAAAAUGAUAUUGUUAAUGGUGGGAAAAUAUGGAGUAAAGUAUACAGAGUAACAUAUAGAAGAGCUGUGAACCCAAGACAAAGCUGUCCUCAUGAUUCUUCGAUGUCAAACAGAGCUGGGACAUAUUGGCAGUUUACUCCAUUUUUCUUUGACAUGUUUGGUAAAAACUUGGGUUCUGACUUGGAAAAGUCAAGUGCUGUUUGCGAUGUGUUGUUUGUACUCAAAAGUUUGGAAUGCGUUAAUAGGUUCAUGUUUCAUCUGAUGUCUCAUGGAAGGAUGUAUGCCUUUGCAAAGGGGACAAUUGAUAACUUGGACAACUUAAAGGUAAUGGCCACCAGUGUUGUCCAACAGAAAGAGUUUGUGAGCUGUAAAUUGACAGAAAAACUAGAACAGCAGAUGCGGGACCCUUUGGCUGUUUCAGUUGGUGGUAUGCCUUUAUGGUGUAGCCAAUUGAUGGGUUCAUACCCAUUUUUAUUCAGUUUCGAGGUAAGAUGCAAGUACUUCAGAUUGGCAGCAUUUGGUAAGCCGCAAGCUCAAUCUCAUCAAACAACUCACAAUGAUUCAGGAGGCAUGAAUGGGAGGAGGCAGAAUGCUUCUGGUUUAUUGCACCGUAAGAAAUUUUUAGUGUGCCGUAAUCGGAUUCUGGCGUCUGCUGCCGAAAUGAUGGACCUACAUGCCCGUCAAAAAGCUGCACUUGAAGUGGAGUAUGGUGAAGAAGUUGGUACUGGUCUUGGUCCGACAUUGGAAUUCUAUACCCUGGUUAGUCAUGAGUUUCAGAAAUCUGGCCUGGGCAUGUGGAGAGAAGACCAUAUGUUAUUACCUAGGGAAAGAAUGGAGGAUGAAGAUUCUACUGUGUUGAUGUCUCCUUGUGGGCUUUUCCCUCGUCCUUGGUCAUCGACCAUGAGUAUAGCAAGUGGCAUAGAAUUCUCGGAAGUUAUAAAGAAGUUUGUCCUUCUGGGACAGGUCAUGGCAAAGGCUCUUCAAGAUGGAAGGGUUAUAGAUAUCCCCUUCUCCAAAGCUUUUUAUAAACUUAUCCUUGGGCAGGAUCUCACUGUGUAUGACAUCUUCUCAUUUGAUCCUGAGCUCGGUAUGGCUCUGCUAGAGUUCCAGGCUGUUUUUGAAAGGAAAAAAUAUUUUGAAUCUGUUUAUGGGGAAACCUCAUCUUUGAAACGUGACGCAUGCUUCCGGAAUACGACAAUUGAGGACCUUUGUCUUGAUUUAACUCUUCCUGGAUAUCCUGAUUACAUUCUUACUUCUGGACCUGAUCCUCAACUGGUAAAUAUGACAAACUUGGAGCAAUAUGUUUCACUAGUUGUGGAUGCUACUGUAAAUACUGGAAUUCAUAGACAAGUGGAAGCUUUCAAAUCCGGGUUUAACCAGGUUUUCCCUAUUAAACAUCUUCAGGUUUUCACCGAGGAGGACUUAGAGCGUCUAUUAUGUGGAGAGAGUGAAUUCUGGACGCAGUCUAAUGAGCUUUUGGAUCACAUCAAGUUUGAUCAUGGGUACACUGCAAGCAGUACACCGGUUGUGGAUCUAUUGGAAAUCAUUCGGGAGUUUGAUCGAGACCAACAACGUGCAUUCCUGCAGUUUGUAACUGGCGCACCUCGGCUUCCACCCGGUGGUUUGGCAUCUUUAAAUCCGAAACUCACGAUUGUUCGCAAGCAGCAUUGUAGUAGAUGGGCUGAUGCUGAGCUGCCGAGUGUGAUGACUUGUGCCAAUUAUCUGAAGCUCCCGCCGUACUCUUCAAAAGAGAGGAUGAAAGAGAAGCUUUUGUACGCCAUCACAGAGGGACAAGGAUCGUUCCACCUCUCUUAGCUGCUUCUAUUUCGACCAAAGAAUCGGUACAUAAUGUGAAUUUGUAAUUAUCAGGUUUAGCUUUUGGUGGUGAUGUAGAUAGAAGACUGGGGAAAGCUGGUGGUUGCCAUGACGGUGACUGGAGGAGGAGCUGAUUGCUGUGGAGGAGCAAGAGGAAGCUCCUUGCUUAGGUGACUAUGUUAGGGAUUGUGAAUGACAAGUAAAUAAUAUUAAGCAGUGGGUUAAGUUUUAGGUGGGGAAAUGUACAGGGAAAAGCUUUGUUAGAUAGCUGGGCUGAAAGCUCAAUUCUCUUUGGGUAAUAGGGUAUAUAUAUCUCUACUCCUUUUGGUGCUUUGAAAAUUGGGGCUGGUAUAUGUAAAAGAUAGACUAUUUAUGUUAUUUCCACUUCCUGAAUAGUUUUUAUCUUCU